GCGCAACAAGCUAAAACAGUAUAGUCUGCGAGCUUACUGUCGCAAGCAGUUUUGCCCCAAGGUUCUUUACAUUUCGUGUUUCAAAAAUGGCGAGUCGUGUAUAGACCGGCUGUGUGCUUCUUCGGACGCUAGACCUUUACGUGCACGUUUAUAGCCCACACACUGCGUAGAUAUUUCCACGCCCGACUCGCCGCCAGCACAAGACUCAACAUGGACCAAUACCAGCUUGCUCAGCUUCAGCAGCGGUUUCAGGAGGUUAACCUGAGCGGCGGGGUUGACCAGGGCGCCAUGCUCAAGUCAGCAGGUGACCUGCUGUCAUCCGCUGAGGCCACAACACAGUACAGCUCAUCAGAGUCUAGCUCUGGAGCCGACAACUUGAACCAGCUGGACAGCUCCAGCCUCCUGGACACAGGCAUGCUCGCUACAGCGCGGCAAAGUGAUGGCGCGCGCUCUACCGGGCAACCGUCGCAGGAGGGAAAGGCGCAGAUUUGCUUCGACUUCACAAAGGGCGUGUGCUCACGUGGCGACAAGUGCAAGUACUCGCACGACCUCGCAACCAUCGUGCAUUUCAACAGCAAGGAGAAGGGCAUCUGCUUUGACUACCUGCGCAACCAGUGCCACCGCGGCCUCCUGUGCCGGUUCAGCCACGACCUCUCAAACAUUGCGCAACAGUGCCAGGUGAACAACGGUGUAGCCCGCGGUCCGGCACAGGGCGCCAAGCCAAACGCCAUCUGCUACGACUUCGUCAAAGGCGUCUGCCAACGCGGCGCGGAGUGCCGCUACAGCCACGACCUGUCCCUCAUCGCGCGCAUGGCCCGCGGCGGCAGCGCGCAGCCCAAGGCUGGCGAGGUCUGCUACGACUACCUCAGGGGCCGCUGCAACCGCGGCGCCACCUGCAAGUACUCGCACAACAUCGCCUUCCUGGCGGCGCCCGGUUUCCUGGGCAACGCCAUGUCGUCGGACGGUGUGCCCAUGGCUGCGCAGGCGCCGGGCGGCCACAUGUCGGCUGGCGGUGCGCCGCCGCUCGGCCCCAUGCCUGUCCCCGGCGGCCCAGGCUUCAUGGGCAUGGGCGGCAUGUCCGGCAUGGGCCCGCGCCCCCUGCACACCGCGCUGAGCGCCGACCAGGCCACGCUGAGCCACGUCCUGGCGGCGGCGGGGCCGGGCGCCGUCAGCCAGAUGCUGGCGGCACAGGCGGCGGCGCAGCAGAGCAACGGCUUGGCGGCCGAGGCGGCGGACGGGCGCCGGCGCUCCAACAGCCUGAACGGCGACAUGGGCAACGACACGCUCGCCGUCAACGACCAGCCGCACUGGAACGCCAAGGGCCUGGCCAUGGCACAGCACGCGGCCAUCAUGCAGCGCAUGGCGGGCAUGGCGGCGGCUGCUGGCAUGCAGCAGGCCUUCGGCGGCGGCAUGGGCCAGGGCAUGCCCGGACGAGGCAUGCCGCCGGGCGCUGACGCCAUGUCCCACUUGUACGGCAAGCCGCCGCCAUCCAUGGGCUCCUACGGCGGCCACGACACAAGCGCGGGCAUGCGGCGGCCGCCGCUGCCGCCCGGCGGCGGCAGCGUGCCCGCCGAGUUUGCGGCCCUGCUGGCGGCCGGCGGCAUGGCGGACAGUCAUGCGCUGUACGCUGAGACGAUCAAGGCGCAGCUCCAGGCGCAGCAGGGCGCGCGCAUGGUGCCCAACCUCAGCGGUGGCGGCGCGCCGCCCAUGAUGGCCGCUGCGCCGCAACCCAUCCCCGGACGCGACAGCCAGGGCUACGACGUCGCCGCGGCGCAAUACGCGCAGCAGGGCGGCUCGCAGUCUGGCGGCGGCGCGCCAUCCUCGGACAGCGGCAGCCUCUCGCGGAGCGCGCCGUCGGCAGGCGCCCCGGUCAACCCCGACCUACUCCCGAUGAUCAAGGAGAUUUGGAGCAAGCCCGGGCAGAUAGCGGCAUGAGCGCGCCCUAAUGAGCGCACCUGCGUUGAUGUUUGAGAGUUUGUGGGCUUCUUCCCUCGACGUGUUGUCAGCGUUUACAGCCGCAUGUGGCUGCACAUAGCUCGUUACUUGCCCGUGCACUAGACGUUUCAUGAUGCCUGGCGGAGAAGCUUGUACAGUGCAUGCAUGUGCGCGCGUGAGACGUGCCUGCUGAAGCAGCUGGGUCGUGAUAUGUAUGUGUGAGGUGUGACUGAUGACAGCCGGGAGUGAGAUAUAUGCGUACGGCCUACAGCGCCGCGCACCUGACUGGACCCGGGAAUGGCAGGGAGGCUGCGCUUCAGCCUCCCAGUUUUGCUUUGCACGCGGACAUUGCCGCAAACCAACCGUAUCUGUGGUGUAUGUAUGUAUGUGGGUGAAUGUGUGUUCGCACGCAGAAAUGCCUAUUUAGCGGGCAGGCUGUACGCCCCGAGUGCAUGGACAUUAGCGUGUGGAACCAGGCAGGUGGGAGUUAGUAACCUCUCUCUUAUCCACACGAAUUUCGAUCUUCCUACGACUCAAUAUGCACACGGGUCAUCCUAACGGCGAGAGCGCAAGGAGAGGGACACAACGACGGUGAGAACAGUGUGAGGACGGCCAUAACAUAUGCCGACGAUGCUUGGCGUGUCUCAGUCGAUUGGCAUGCAUCCGGCUUGUUGAUCGCGUCCGAACGUGGGGCAGGUGCUGACGGCUGACGGGAGGUCGUCCUGCUCUGCGGGUGAAUCCUCCCCUUGACGGAGUUUGAGUGGUGACCAUGUACGACAGCAGGCAGGCAGGAAUGGGCUGGGCAACGCAAUCAAUAGGGCUAGCAUGGAGCUAUCGCAAGGCUAAUAACUUACUUGGGUGGGCUUCUCUGCACAAGGGGACUGUCUCGUGAUUACGGUAGUUGUGGGGUGGUCAACGCAAGAGAAGACACGGCCAAUGCCGGAACCAGUUUUAUGCAAAGUGAUACUACCGUAUGCACAUACACCUGCGCUACACGCGGAUGUAAACAUAUGUACUGUG